AUGAAGUUAACCGAUUUCGACCGUAACUCGUUAAUUUACGUGCCGGAAGAAUUCAUUGUGCCGGGUGGUCGAUUUCGUGAAUAUUACUAUUGGGAUGCAUACUGGAUUGUGAAAGGCUUGGCUGCUAGCGGACUUCGAAGUGCAAUCAAAAAAAUGAUCAUCAAUUUUGUGAGCCUUAUUGACAGGUAUGGUUUUAUUCCGAACGGCGGUCGAGUUUACUACCUUUCGCGAUCACAGCCACCGAUGAUUAUACCAAUGGCCUAUGAAUAUUACGAGCUAACUCGUGAUGCGCAAUUCAUUGCCGAAAUA